UUCACGCAUGCGCAGUAGGCAUAACUUCAGAUUGCCUCUCAAUGGCGCCGCCCUUCGUCUCAUUCCUAUUGGUCAGUAGAAGCCACGCCUCCUCCUCAUUACUUCCGGAUUGCUCACAUGGGUUCUGGCUUAAGGAGAAUGGAACGUUUAGUGGGUAUGGGUGUGGGGCCGCUGGCUGUAGGUGCAGUUGGCCUUCUAUUGUUAUUGCGGAUGAUCUACAGAGCGAAACGAAAGCAAAGCGUCCAGGAUAAAGUGGUGGUGAUCACUGGAGCCAGUUCAGGCCUGGGCAAAGAAUGUGCGCGAGUGUUUCAUGCUGCGGGUGCACGACUCGUCCUGUGUGGACGUGACCAGAAGCGACUACAGGAGGUCGUCGAGGACUUAAGCGCUAAAACAGAUGGCAAAACAAAGACAUAUACACCCUGUACAGUGACUUUUGACCUCUCUGACACGGAGAGAGUGACCAGGGCAGCGGGGGAGAUUCUGAAAUGCCAUGGUCAUGUUGACAUCCUCAUUAACAACGCAGGCAUUAGCUACCGAGGUUCCAUCCUGGACACGCACGUGUCUGUGCAGAAGAGCGUCAUGGACACUAACUACUUCGGGCCGGUUGCUCUGACUCAAGCAAUUCUUCCCUCCAUGGUGGAACGAGGUGCUGGACAUAUAGCCGUCAUCAGCAGCGUGCAGGGGAAGAUCGCCAUUCCCUACAGAUCUGCUUAUGCAGCUUCCAAGCACGCGACACAGGCGUACUUCGACUGCUUACGGGCCGAGGUGGAAAGAUUCGGCCUACACGUGUCAGUCAUCAGCCCUGGAUACAUUAGGACCAACCUGUCAGUCAACGCUGUUACUGGAGAUGGAGCCAGAUAUGGUGUGAUGGAUAAGACCACAGCAGCAGGUCGGGACCCGGCAGACGUAGCUCGCGCUGUCCUGAAGGCUGUCACUUAUAAACAGAAAGAUGUUUUAUUAGUCGAGUCGCUGCCAGCGCUCGCCGUCUACCUCCGAACCCUCUGGCCGUCUGCCUACUUUAAAGUGAUGGCUUCUCGAGCCAAGAAAGAGAAGGGAAUAAAAGACCAAUAAGUUGCAGCCACAAUUCACAGUGAGAUCGCGUCUUUUUUAUGUGCUUUUGAAAGUAUAAUAAUAAUAAAUAUAAAUCCCAAUCAGUUGACUCACAUCCUGUAUUCAAGUCCAUUUCAAGCCUGUUUUUGCACAUUUUUUGGCCCUGAAAUAGUUUUGAAACCCUGGAGCUGAGGCGGUAAAGCGACCUGCUGUUAUGUUUAUUUAUAGAUAUUGACAUUUGAACAUAGAUUUUGAAUGAUGGUUGUGGUAAUGUAACAAAGCUAAUAAAUGGAAUUAAGUGUAUAAAGAAA